UGAUUUUUCUGUCUGAAUGAUGUAAUGGGGCAUUAAGGAUCCCUACUAUUAUUUUAUAACUGUUACUUUCUCCCUGUAAAUACCUGCUUUAUAUAUUUAGGUUCUCCUGUGUUGGGUGCAUACCUAUUUACGGAUAUUAUAUCCUCUUCUUGCAUUGACAUUUUUAUCAUUAUUUAGUACCUUCUUAGUCUCUUUUUUGUCUGUUUAAAAUUGUUUUAUUUGUAUUAGGUACCAGAGAAAUGGAAGAUCCAGAAAUUAAGAUCCAGGAGAGCUGGCUAGAGGAAAGUCUCUUUUCUCUUUUUGCUUGACUAACAAAAGCUCGUUGGCAGUGGUAGCAGACCUGGCACGGCGAACACAGUCCUUGUGGAGGAGUUCAGGUCUUGAUGCCAACCAGGGAGUGUGUAUCAGCCUCAAAACUGAGGGUCCCAGACUCGGAUUCCCCAGAUAGUCAUUGGGGACCCUUUGGAGAGAAAGACUGGUAGAGGGACAGGAGAAUCUGAGCUGUGAAUGACCUAGCAGCAUGUUAAUCAAUGCAUACGAGGAAGAGAAAAGAAGCGAAGUUAAAAUGAAUAGCCAUUUAGGAAACACAUUUGGAUGCACUUUCGGGGAAGGAUUCUCCAGGAACAGAAGAACAGAGGUUGUUCUGUGCAGGUGUCACCCAGAGCUGCGCAGGCCAGCAGCCAGAGCGGCACCCACCUGUUAAAGGGAGGGUCGCGCUCCAGGGCUCUGACCGCUAGGUGGAGCCUCAGGCCUGCGCCUGGGACCAAAGCAGAGCGAGGGGUCCCCAGGGAGCCGCACGGAGGCGGGGCUGCGAGGCUGUACAAAGGCCGGGGAGCCGCCACCCGGCGCAGGGCGCCUAUGCGCUGCUGGAGGAGUCCCGUCGGGGUGAUGGCAGUUCGGCUCCAGGCGGAGGCCCCAGCCUGUGGAUGCCGGCGUCCCGCAAGAAGGGCCCCCGGGCUGCUGUGCAAGAGGAGCGGAGCGGGGUAGAGCUGAUCUCGGCCUGAACGCCACGGAGGGCAACCUCUCGGGACCACAUGCCAAGAACAGGUCUUCGCCUUGUGAGGACAUGGGCAUUGCCGUGGAGGUGUUCCUGACGCUGGGCCUCAUCAGCCUCCUGGAGAACAUCCUGGUCAUCGGCGCCAUCAUAAAGAACAAGAACCUGCACUCCCCCAUGUACUUCUUCGUGUGCAGCUUGGCCGUGGCCGACAUGAUGGUGAGCAUGUCCAACACCUGGGAGACCAUCACCAUCUACCUGAUCAACAACAAGCACCUGGUGAUCGCCGACGCCUUCGUGCGCCACAUCGACAACGUGUUCGACUCCAUGAUCUGCAUCUCCGUGGUGGCCUCCAUGUGCAGCCUGCUGGCCAUCGCGGUGGACCGCUAUGUCACCAUCUUCUACGCCCUGCGCUACCACCACAUCAUGACCGUGAGGCGCUGCGGGGCCAUCAUCGCGAGCAUCUGGGUCUUCUGCACCGGCUGCGGCAUCGUGUUCAUCAUCUACUACGAGUCCACGUACGUCAUCAUCUGCCUCAUCUCCAUGUUCUUCACCAUGCUGUUCCUCAUGGUGUCCCUGUACAUACACAUGUUCCUGCUGGCGCGGACGCACGUCAAGCAGAUAGCGGCGCUGCCGGGCUGCGGCUCCGUGCGGCAGAGGACCAGCAUGAAGGGCGCUGUCACCCUGACCAUGCUGCUGGGCAUUUUCAUCGUGUGCUGGGCCCCGUUCUUCCUCCACCUCAUCCUGAUGAUCUCCUGCCCUCAGAAUCUCUACUGCUCCUGCUUCAUGUCCCACUUCAACAUGUACCUCAUCCUCAUCAUGUGCAACUCUGUGAUCGACCCCCUGAUCUACGCCUUCCGCAGCCAGGAGAUGCGGAAGACCUUCAAGGAGAUUAUCUGUUGCCACGGCUUCAGGACGCCCUGUAUCUUCCCCAGCGGCUAUUAGAAGCACCCUCCGCAGCGUUCUUGUCCCCUUCCUUUACGUUGUAAUGAAGUCAGUGAGGGGGAAUCCGGGAAACUCAAAAAAUCAAAACUGUGCAUCCCAUUUGUCCUUUCUCUCGCUCUUGAAUUGGUACUCAAAGAUGCAUUCUUCCCCCCACCCCUAUCUUUCCUGUGGUGGUGGUUGGGCAGAUGUGCGCAUGCAACUUACCCGUUUGGAAAUGGUCUGUGACCAUUUAUUAUUGACCCGUUUUCCUACUACGUUUUCUCCUUCUCCCGCCCAUUUCUGGGGGCCCCAUCCAUCUUCCAUCUAGUGUGUGCUCAGGGUCUACACAGGAUGAAGAGCUGACCAUAAUGGAAGAAAACCUGUGAAUAUUUACAUCUUGUUGAUUGCUUUCUCUCCCCAGAAACGGUUUUGUAACUUCUUUGAUAUCCCUAGGACUUAUCCAUGCUUUUCAGGGUAAAAUAGAGUGGACAAAUUCUUUCCAUUUGAAAUUUCCUGUUUAUUUGUUAUGGGAUUUCUCUAUAGCUCUUCUUUCUUGAACUUUUGGCUGUAUGGCUUGUGUUCACAAUUGUCCAAGGAUGGAAUUUCCUUAAUUCUCCUUCUGUCAAUCAUGUUUUUGCUUUACCCAGAUAUAAAACUUUAUGCUACAAAACCUUACAUCAUGUGGUGUGAAAGUUUCUGCGACUC